UAAACGUAAACAUUGGCGAACGAAUGAAUUGGCGUCACGCAUCAGACUGAUAAGCCUCGUUCUUUUCAUAAUAACUAGGUCGAGUCAACAGAACUAAGGAACUUAGACAAUAACGUCCUAGUAAAUUAAACGUCUCAUUUUGGCUGCCUCCACAGCUCAUCGAAAGUUUGCAGGACACUGCAAGUGAUCUAACAGUUGAUUUUGAAAAGAAGAAACUGACCCCCAGAAAGAACCAGGAACCUAAAAUUAUGCGCAACACAAAGCUAUAGCUUCGGCCACCAAGAAAUACUUAGCACAGACAUAUAAUAUCUGGACUUAUAAAGAGCCCCAAAAGAGUCCCAUGUCUCAAAUAACGUUUGAAGUCUAGAUACGUAACUGGAAGUUAUUUGCAUCAGAUAAGUUUUACAAUGGACAGCCAACUGACCAUCGAUGACAUCUUAGUGGACAUUGGCUGCGGUAAAGCCCUAUGGAUUCUCCAGUUCUUGAUUAACUCUCCCAUGGCGGCCAGUUCUUGGAGUAUGCUUCAGAUGGCCUUCGCUGGUAAAGUUCCCAACUGGGAAUGUGUCUCCAACGAGACCAAGAACUUUUCGCAGUCAGAUUUCAAUGUGUCAAGAUUCAAGCAAUGUUUUCUUGAGGGAGCACCUUGUCAACGCUUUCAGUUUGACAAUAGCGCUUUGACUGUAGUCAAUCAGUGGUCUCUGGUUUGCGAUCUGUCCUGGGUGCCUGCUACAGUGAUCUCAAUUCAGAUGGCGGGAGUUCUGCUUGGCAACAUGGUGUCCGGUCACCUGAGCGACCAGUUCGGCAGAAAGAGGACUCUGUAUGGGUUCCUGGUCUGGCACAGUCUGUGUAAUGUCGUGGCAGCUUUUUCCGUCUCGUGGCAAAUGUUCGCUGUCUGCCGUUUCUUCAUUGGCACAGGAAUCGGUGGCAUUCUGUCCAUUGUGUUUCCUUACAGCAUGGAGUUCCUUCCUCCCAAGUGGCGGCCAGUCGUGGCAGUUCUUCCCAUCUGGAUGGUGGGAGUCUUUGCGCUGACCGCCACAGCCUACCUCCUGCCCAACUGGUCACAUAUGCACAUUGCUAUUGGCCUUGUCCCAUUGGCUCUGCUUCUAGGAUGGGUUUAUCUACCAGAGAGUAUACGCUGGCUUGCUGUGCAUGAUCGAGAUAGGGAGGCUAUCGAUAUAAUUGACACACUAUCUGAGAGAAAUGGAAAAUUACCUCCCUCUAACGCACGGUCAGUUAUAGAAAAUGUAGCAAGAGAGAAACAGAAGAGCGACGGAAAGAAACACACUUACACUUAUUUGGACUUAUUUUCUGACUUGUACCUGGCCAAAAUCACUUUGAUUUUAUGUUUCUUCUGGUUUGUGAUGUCUCUAGUGACGUACGGAGUUGGUUUUGCAGUGUCCAGUUUCUCUGGAAAUCUGUACCUGAACUAUCUAAUCAUAACUCUACUAGACAUUCCAGCACUGCCCCCAACUUUAUGGGCAUUGAACAGAUUUGGGAGACGCUGGUCAGUCAUUGGUCUGUUCGCAAUUUCUACAGUUUGCGCAGGUGGAUGUCUUGUGGCCAUCUUUGCAGCCCCUGUUGAAAGUCGAGACACCCUCAUUAAGUGGUUGACUAUUUUAUGUAAAGUAACCAUCAAUGCCGGGUGGGACGCUGUACAGACGUGGCAGUCGGAGCUAUACCCUACAGUUGUCAGAAAUUUGGGAUACGGGGCGUCCAACACUGCGGCAAGAGUAGGGGGGAUAGCGGCUCCCUUUGUCAUCAAUCUGGAUCAUCUGAUGAUGACCUUCAGUAUAACGACCAGUGUGACCUUCGUCUGCUUAGCUCUCUGCUUCACUCUCCCUGAAACUCUGAACAGGCCACUGGAAGACAACAUCCUCAGACCCAUGUCAGACAGUUCAGAUACGUCACUACCAGUAGCAGACGAUACAGUCUCUGAAGAGCAUCUCAAUGGAAAUAUUCAAGGUCACAGCCAGAGAGAACAGCUAAAGAGUUCCCCGAUAUAGCCUUGGUAACACAGUGCCCUUACCGUAAUCGUUCAUGGAACACAUGUGAUUGUAUCGAAUCUGUACUCGAUUCCUUUAUUCAAUGUAAUCGUUGUUUAUCGUAAUGAUUCUAUACGUAUGUAGCAAAUCUGUGUACAGUGUUAGUUCAGUUUAUUAAAGCCGUAGAAUACAU